AUGCACCCGCACUACGUCCGGGACCCUGGCGACCCUCCACCGUCCACCGCGAGCGAGGUUGGCGCCGCGACGUCACGCCGACGAGGCGACGUCUUCGAGCCUCGUCGAGCGCACGAGGCCUACUCGCAGCAGUACUCGGGCCCGCUCUACAGCACCAAUGACCUGCCCGUCCCGCUCUACAACGCCGCCGAGCGGUACCCGGCCGCCACGUCCGGCCCGACCAACGGCGCACCUCCCCUCGCGAGCCACCACCACUACGCCGCCGCGCCCUUCCAGACGCAGCACGGCACCGCGCCCGAGACCAUGGUCUACACGCCGUACCUCGCGCCUUUACCCGCGUCCCAGCCCCUCGCCCACGUCUCGCCUGCCGACUUCGCGCCCCCGACCCUGUUCAACCCGUACGCCCAGCCCCAUCCACCUCUCGCUCCGCACACCCACAUCUCGCCCUACGACCUCAUGACGGCCGCCUCGACGUCAGACGGGCGCGCCGACGCACCGCUCGAGCAGCAGAGCGGCGUCGAGCCCGGCGUGCCCGCGAGCGCCGACCCGUCCUUUCGUCCUGCGCCGAGCACGGCUCGCCGACGGCCGUCGCACGCCGGCGAUCUCGAGGUUGGCGGGAGCGUGCGAGGGAUCGGCGGUCGUGGCGGCGCGAGGAGCCAGGGCAACUCGCACGGCGCGAGCGUCGGCGGCAGCGGGUCGGCGACGGCGGCAGCGGCGGGCUCGGGCGGUGCGUCGCGAGCGAGUGUGUCAGCCCUCGCGGCAGCUGUCGGAGCGCGCACGACCGAAAAGAGCUGCAAGAACUGUCGGGUCCGCAAGGUCAAGUGCGACAGGAGGUGGCCCAGGUGCAACCGGUGCAGGGACCGCGACGACGAGUGCGACUUUGGCACUUUUGUUCCAGUCGACGCCAUUCCCGAGAGCGCCCUCGCGAGCGCCACGAGUUCGCCAGCGACGACGGCUGGGACGGCCGCGCUGCAAGCCCGUAUCGCCGAGCUCGAGCAUGAACUCGCCGUCUUCCGCACGGACUCGUCGAGCCCGAGACCGCCCGUCCUGCGCCCGUCGGCCAUCCCGCACGCUAGCUACGGUACCUCUUCGGCCGUUGUCCCGUCGAGCGCCGGCAGCGUCGAGAUGCGCGGCACCCGGAGCGACGCACCCGGCGGCGCCACCAGCCUGGCGGGCUUCCCUCGCUCGAGCAUGCACGCCCUCGACGAGCUCUCUGGCGACGUGCCCUUGAGCGAGGCCAUCCACGACGCGUUCGCUCGCGGCGCCGGCUUCGCUCGACCUGGGUCGAGGGCGAGCAAGACGACCGUCGAGAUCUUUCUGCGAGGUGCCGCCCUGCAGGAUCCGGCCCUGUACGCCGCCGCCAGCGCCGGCCUCGCCCCGCUUCACGGCCCCGCACCACCGUCGUCGCUUCAAGUGGGACCGCUGUCGCCGUCGCUGCCGGGCGAGGACGACCCGAACUGGCAGCUCGCCAAGAACGCCAUGGCGCGCAUGCUCGUCGUCCACCUCGUUCAAGCCUUCUUCGCGUCGUGCUGCGCCUACCUCCCGGCCUUUGACGGCUGGCACCUGCGCCGCACCUGGAUCCUGCAAAACCUCGACAACAUCGACCCGGCGAGUCGUGUUUCGGUGGCGGCAUUCUGCGCGAUGGGCGCCAGGGCGAGCCAGCAUUCGGCCAUCCUCGGCAUCUCGAUGCCGGAGCCCACGCCCAACGGCUCGUCCGAGCACACGUCAGCGGCCGGCGUGCGUCGCGAGCAGGCUUGCCGGGCAUUCCACACUCAAGCUCUCGACCUCGCCCACCUGCUCGGCAUCACGUACGACGCGAGUCGCGAGAACCUCGAGGCUCUCAUGGUCGUCGCUCAGCUUCUCAUCUUCAACGAGCUCAUCCCUCGCCGGUCAAGGGCUAUCGUCCACGCCGCACUCGGCCAGUACAAGGAGCUACAAGAAGGACCUGCAUCCGCCGACCAGAAGGACCACAUGCUCAAGCACGUCGGCCUACCUCUUCUUGCUUGCGACGCCCAGACGUCGGCGGCUAGUCGCAAAAGGCCGCUCGUCUCGCCGAGCGAGCUCGCGCAGUACUUCCCGGACCUCCUGCCCGUCGACCCGAUCCACGACGACAUCCAGCACCGCCUCCAAAAGAUCCUCGACGACACUUUGACGCCCGAGGGUCAGCUCUCGCACCAGGGCAUCGUCGAGUGCACCCACGUCAUCAACGCGUGGCUCGUCCAGACCCAGAGGCUGUUUGCUCAAGCUGCAGCCCCUGUACUCGGCGGCCCGCCGAUGUCGCUCAUGAACGACGUCCGCAACCAGUGGCUCCUCCUCGACCAGAUCCACGAGGGUAUCCGCAGGAUGCAAGAGCUGCUCGUCCACCUCGAGUACAUGCCGUUCGGCUGCAACAAGGACAAGUGCGCCGACCAGCACCUGCGCUUCAUCACGCGCCUCGACAUCGACCUCCUUACCUGCUUCUUCCUCCUGCACUCGCUCGUCGCCGAGAACCUUGGCCUCGACCACCUGACGGGCGAGAACGCCGUCGCCGUCUACGCCGAGAGCGACAAGCGCGUCCGCAAGGCCCUCAAGCUCAUCGCGUUCUAUCUCGAGCUCGAGGUCAUCCCCAACUGGCCGAGUGUCGUCGUUCAGCGCUUCGGCGAGCAGGAGGGCCCGUCGUCGCCUGAGCUCGAGGUGUCCGACACCGAGCUCGACUGGCUCGACAAGGGCCUCGUCUGCGCGUCGUUCUACCACCCGGUCGCGAGCUCUCGCCUGCACGAGCUGCGUGCUGUGCGCCGUUCUGCGGCAGGUGGGCCACCGAGCAACUACCCGCCGCCGCCCAUCGCCGUCAUGCCGCUGAGCGCGCCCGAGGAGGCGUCGGCAUCUCUCGUCCUCCCCGUCCCGACCACCGACGCCCACACACACUCGGCCGUCCACUUCCCGCCGACGACGACGUACCUCGCCGGCGACGAGAUUGGCGGCGAGAUCGCGCGCAUGCCGUUCCAGGUCGGCGUGACGGACCCGGUCAACCUGAGGCCAUGGGGCAUGUGGAGCGGGUCGCAGGGAGAGACGGCACCGCUCGUCGUCGCCGUCGCCGUCCACCCGGGUCGCGACGAUGUCAACCACCUUCUCAAGCUCGCCGCCGACCUCUCGUGCGCGCCGACCCUCCAGGCCGUCGAGCAGGUCCGGCUCCAGCUGCACCGCCUCGAGACGACGUUCUGCUCGGUCGAGCGCUCGGUCCUCGAAUGUCGGCGCACAACGACCGACGUCGAGCGCAGCCACGCGGCCGGCUUUGUGCAGCAGUACGCCCCACGGCGAUCGGCGCUUGACCGAGGCGAAACCCCGAUGCCGCCGCUCGUCGACGAGCGCGGCACGCUCUUCUUUUCCGACGGCGUCGUCGUCCGCGCGACGCCGGUCAGCGCUGCCCGCACGAGCUCUUCUGCCCUGGGAGACGACGACGACGAAGACGAGUACCCGGCGGUGCCGGCGCUAGACGACGCAGAAGGAACGUCGACGGUCGACGCCGAGCAGAUCAGCCUGACGGCCUGGUGGGACUUGUCGCCGUUCUCGCGCGACGCGACCGUCGCUACAGCAGCUUCGGCAGAACAGAUGCAGGUCCGUGCAGCCAGUUCGGUCGAAGAGCCGGCGCAGAACGAGCUGGCGCCGGUUCCGAUGACGGAGCAGCCGCACGGACCUCGUGUCGCCUCGCCUCAUCACGGCAAAGCGCCGCCGACCCACUCGGCCACGCAUUACCCGAUGCGCCACCCCGACAUCCACCUCGCCUGCGCCGCCGAUGCGGCAGCAGCAGCGCUCAACGUGCGCCGUCUCGAGGUCAAGCUCGUGCGCAUGCAGCUCCUCCUCGCCAAGAAGCGGCUCGAGCAGCUCAACGAGGACGCCGAAGCGCUCGACGACGUCGAGAGCUUCGAUGGCGACGACACAGAGGCGCCAGACAGCGAGGGGGAGCAGCGGGACGGGGUUUGA